AUGGAAAGAACACCAGACUUUUCGACAAUCCCUGUCAUUGAUCUGUCCCGCUGUUAUGAUCCAAGCACAAGGCCUAAGCUUUUAGCCGAUCUUCGACAUACGUUGACCGACGUGGGGUUUCUGUACCUCAUCAAUCACCGUCUUUCUGACGUUACCAAUGCAAUCAUUGACAUUCUGCCACAGCUUUUUGCUCUUUCGCCUGAGCAAAAGUGUGAAGUAGCACUUAUAAACUCACCCCAUUUUCUUGGCUACAGCGGUGAAGCAACCGAGACAACAGCAGGCCAACCUGAUAUGAGGGAGCAGUUUGAGUUUGCAACGGCGUCAUCCGAUGUCUGGGAAGAUGGAGGUAGAAAGGGUCCAUUAUUCCAACGACUUCAGGGCCCUAACCAGUGGCCCAGAGUCUCAUCCAAAAUUAGAGGAGCCAUAACCUCGUACAUAUCCUCUCUCUCAGACCUAUCCAUAACCUUUCUGUCAUUGGUUGCUGAAGCUCUCAAUCUCUCGCCCGAUAGCUUUGGUCACUUCCUCUCAAACUUCAACCGUCUCAAACUCAUCAGAUACCCCCCGCCUACUUCGACCAGGGAUACCAAAACCCAAGGUGUAGGCCCCCACAAAGAUUCCUCAGGCUGGUUCACGUUCCUUCUCCAAGCCUCUGGGCCAGAUGUCAAAGGCCUUCAAGUCUUGAACAAAAAUGGCGACUGGAUCGACGUCGCACCGAUCGAGGGAAGCCUCGUGGUGAACAUUGGCCAGGCCUUCGAAGUAGUCACGCACGGUGUAUGCAAAGCCACAGUUCACCGUGUCAUUCUGGACGGGCUGAGAGAAGAUAGAUACAGCGCCGCAUUCUUUCAGGGGAUCAGAGGGAGCCUGACCAGGACGGAGGCGACAGAGACAUUGAGACAUCACUUUGAAGGAUGGGACGCAAAGGGCAAGCCUGCAGCGAUCGCAGCACAAGACGUUGAGUCGCCCUUUUUGAGGGGAAAAUAUGAAACGUGGGGGGAGAGCCAGCUAAGAACGAAAGUUAGGAGUCAUCAGGAUGUUGGGAGGAGGUGGUAUCAGGAAGUUUGGGAUGGAUACAUGGAGGAUGUAUAA